CCUUCCAUAAGCAUUGCGAAAUUGAUUAUUCAGAAAAAUUUGAUUGAUGUGGGUAUUUGUUACUAGUUCCUGCGGUUCCAAUUUUCUUGUUCCUGUGGUUUCCCUUGGUUUUAAAGCUUCUUUGAAACCUGAGCGUCCUCUGAAAAGAAAGGUUGGUGAAGAAAUCUUUGUUAUUGCUUCUGAACCUCCACUUGAUGCUAUAGGUAAAGCAAGGAAAGGCAUGAUUGAUGUUGACAAGGAAAUUCCUUCUCUGAUUAUCCUACCUGAUGAUGAGUUGCAGAGUUUUUCUUCUGAGGGGAGAGUUUUAAUUUCUCCAAUUAUGGAUUUUGUUGCUAGGAGGAGCUUUUCCAAACCUUUGACAAGUUAUGACGCAUGUAUUGAUGGUCCUUCCAUCAUUGGGCACAGCUCCAUUACUCGCGAGUCUUCUAAAUUUAUGCUGCUUGCUAGUGACAAAAAGUCGCUUUCAGAUUUCUCUGUGGAAGCCAUGACAUGGCUGUCCAUAACUUUGCUAGUGGACAACUACCAAUGGGCUCAGCAGUUUUCAAAUGAAAAAAGAAAGAAAACAACUCUUGGGAAGGAGUAAUCUUAAGCAAGAAGCACCUCACAAGGAAAGCAAUAACAUAUACAACAGCUCAAGGAGCUAAUUGAGGUAGACUAAUAGAAAUUUCAUCAUAAACUUCAGUAAUAAAAGGAUGCAAAGGAA